CCCGCGCUCGCCUGGAUGGCUCGUCGCGCCGCGGGCGGCGCACCCCCUAGCGCCCGGGCCGUCCCCCUGCUGCGGCGGCGCCCGCGCUCCCCAGCCCCACCGCGGGUCCCGGGGCUGCAGCUACAGCUGCCGCUGCUGCUGUUGCUCGCGACGGCGCGGGCCGGCGCCCUGGAGAUCCAGCGCCGCUUCCCCUCGCCCACGCCCACCAACAACUUCGCCCUGGACGGCGCGGCGGGCACCGUGUAUCUGGCGGCCGUGAACCGCCUGUACCAGCUAUCGGGUGCCAACCUGAGCCUGGAGGCCGAGGCAGCCGUGGGCCCCGUGGCCGACAGUCCUCUGUGUCACGCCCCGCAGCUCCCCCAGGCCUCGUGCGAGCACCCACGGCGCCUUACGGACAACUACAACAAGAUCCUGCAGCUGGACCCCGGCCAGGGCCUGGUGGUCGUAUGUGGUUCCAUCUACCAGGGCUUCUGCCAACUGAGGCGCCGGGGUAACAUCUCGGCCGUGGCCGUGCGCUUCCCACCGGCCGCUCCGCCCGCCGAGCCGGUCACCGUGUUCCCCAGCAUGCUGAACGUGGCCGCCAACCACCCGAACGCGUCCACCGUGGGGCUGGUGUUGCCACCGGCCGCGGGCGCCGGGGGCAGCCGCUUGCUGGUGGGCGCCACGUACACCGGCUACGGCAGCGCCUUCUUCCCUCGCAACCGCAGCCUGGAGGACCACCGCUUCGAGAACACGCCCGAGAUCGCCAUCCGCUCCCUGGACGCGCGCGGUGACCUGGCCAAGCUCUUCACCUUCGACCUGAACCCCUCCGACGACAACAUCCUCAAGAUCAAGCAGGGCGCCAAGGAACAGCACAAGCUGGGUUUCGUGCGUGCCUUCCUGCACCCGCCCGAGCCUCCGCCGGGCGCACAGACCUACGCGUACCUGGCGCUCAACAGCGAGGCGCGCGCCGGCGACAAGGAGAGCCAGGCGCGCAGCCUGCUGGCGCGCAUCUGCCUGCCCCGCGGCGCCGGCGCCGACGCCAAGAAGCUCACCGAGUCCUACAUCCAGCUGGGCUUGCAGUGCGCGGGCGGCGCGGGUCGCGGCGACCUCUACAGCCGCCUGCUCUCCGUCUUCCCCACGCGCGAGCUGCUCUUCGCCGUCUUCGAGAGACCUCCGAGCACCCCCACGGCCCGCGCCACCCCGGCCGCGCUCUGCGUCUUCCGCUUCGACGACGUGCAAGCAGCCAUCCGCGCGGCGCGCACCGCCUGCUUCGUGGAGCCCGCACCCGACGUGGUGGCGGUGCUUGACAGCGUGGUUCAAGGCACCGGGCCGGCCUGCGAGCGCAAACGCAACAUCCAGCUGCAGCCGGAGCAGCUAGACUGUGGCGCGGCCCAUCUGCAGCACCCACUGUCGAUCCUGCAGCCGCUGAGGGCCUCGCCCGUGUUCCGCGCCCCAGGGCUCACAGCCGUAGCCGUAGCCAGUGCCAACAACUACACGGCUGUUUUCCUGGGCACUGCGACAGGAAGACUCCUCAAGAUCAGCCUGAAUGAGAGCAUGCAGAUGGUGAGCAGGCGGGUGCUGACGGUGGCCUACGGAGAGCCUGUCCACCACAUCAUGCAGUUUGACCCCAUAGACCCUGGCUAUCUGUACCUGAUGACGUCCCACCAGCUGGCCCGCGUGAAGGUGGCCGCUUGUGAGGUGCACUCGGCCUGCUGGGACUGCGUGGGUGCCGCGGAUGCUUACUGCGGCUGGUGUGCGCUGGAGACUCGGUGCACACUGCAGCAGGACUGCGCCAACUCCAGCCAGCCGCAUUUCUGGACCAGCGCCAGCGACGGCCCUGGCCGCUGCCCCGCCAUGGCCGUUCUGCCUGCUGAGAUUGACGUGCGCCAGGAGUACCCAGGCAUGAUUCUGCAGAUCUCAGGCAGCCUGCCCAGCCUCAGCGGCAUGGACAUGGCCUGUGACUACGGGAAUGACAUCCGCACUGUGGCCCGGGUGCCCGGCCCUGCCUAUGACCACCAGAUCGCCUACUGUAACCUCCUGCCACGGGACCAAUUCCCGCCCUUCCCUGCCCACCAGGACCAUGUGACUGUCGAGAUGUCCAUGAGGGUCAAGGGGCGCAACAUUGUGUCCGCCAAUUUCACUAUCUACGACUGCAGCCGCAUCGGACAAGUGUACCCCCACACAGCCUGCACCAGCUGCCUGUCAGCGCCGUGGCCCUGCUUCUGGUGCCCGCAGCAGCACACCUGUGUCUCCAACCAGUCUCUGUGCCAGGCCUCACCAAACCCCACGCACCCUCAGGACUGCCCCCAGAUCCUGCCCUCUCCCCUGGCACCUGUGCCCACAGGCGGCUCCCAGGACAUCCUGGUGCCUCUGACCAGAGCCACCUUCUUCCAUGGUGCCUCGCUAGAAUGCAGCUUUGGACUGGAGGAGAGCUUCGAGGCUGUGUGGGUGAAUGACUCACUCGUGCGAUGCAACCAGGUGGUGCUGUAUACACCCCAGAAGACCCAAGUGUUUCUGCUCAGCCUCCAGCUGAAGGGGCAGCCAAACCGAUUCCUGGACAGCCCCAACCCCAUGACAGUCGAGGUCUACAACUGUGCCAUGGGCAGCCCCGACUGCUCCCAGUGUCUGGGACGUGAGGACCUGGGUCACCUGUGUGUGUGGAGUGACGGGUGUCGUCUGCGAGGGCCCCUCCAGCCACUGCCUGGCACUUGCCCUGCCCCCGAGAUCCGUUUGAUUGAGCCACUGAGCGGCCCUUUGGACGGUGGGACCCUAUUGACCAUUCGUGGCAGGAACCUGGGUCGCCGACUGAGUGACGUGGCCCACGGCGUGUGGAUCGGCAGUGUGGCCUGUGAGCUUCUGGCUGACAGAUACACCGUGUCAGAGGAGAUUGUGUGUGCCACAGGGCGGGCCCCAGGGCCAUUCUCAGACGUGGUGACCGUGAACGCCUCCAAGGAGGGCAAGUCAAGGGAACGCUUCUCCUAUGUGCUGCCCAUGGUCUACUCCCUGGAGCCUGCCAUGGGUCCCCAGGCAGGGGGCACCAGGAUCACCAUCAGCGGCAGUGACCUGCAUGUGGGCUCCGAACUCCAGGUCCUGGUGAAUGACACAGACCCCUGCACAGAUCUUGUGCGCACAGCCACCAGCAUCGCCUGCACGGUGCCCGGGGGUGCCCUGCCAGCCCCAGUGCCCGUAUGUGUGCGCUUUGAGCGCCGGGGCUGCGUGCGUAGCAACCUCACCUUCUGGUACAUGCAGAACCCAGUCAUCACGGCCAUCAGCCCCCUCCGCAGCCCCGUCAGUGGCGGUAGGACCAUCACGGUGGCUGGCGAGCAUUUCCACAUGGUGCAGAACAUGUCUAUGGCCGUGCACCACAUCGGGCGAGAGCCCACGCUCUGCAAGGUUCUAAACUCCACACUCAUUACCUGCCCGUCCCCGGGCGCCCUGAGCAACGCCUCCGCACCCGUGGACUUCUUUAUCAAUGGCCGGGCCUACGCCGAUGAGGCAGAUGUGUCCGAGGAGCUGCUGGACUCUGUGGAGAUGCAGCGGGGCAGCCGCUUCCGCCUGGACUACCUCCCCAACCCACAGUUUUCCACGGCCAAGAGGGAGAAGUGGAUCAAACACCACCCUGGGGAGCCGCUCACCCUCGUCAUCCAUAAGGAACAGGACAGCCUGGGGCUCGAGAGCCACGAGUACCAUGUCAAGAUUGGCCAGGUAUCCUGUGACAUCCAGAUCGUCUCAGACAGAGUCAUCCACUGCUCCGUCAAUGAGUCCUUGGGCACAGCUGAGGGACAGCUGCCCAUCACAAUCCAGGUGGGGAACUUCAAUCAGACCAUCGCCACGCUACAAUUGGGGGGCAGCGAGACGGCCAUUGUGGUGUCCAUUGUCAUCUGCAGUGUCUUGCUGCUGCUAUCUGUGGUUGCACUGUUCGUCUUCUGUACUAAGAGCCGCCGCGCCGAGCGCUACUGGCAGAAGACACUGCUGCAGAUGGAGGAGAUGGAGUCGCAGAUCCGCGAGGAGAUCCGCAAAGGCUUUGCGGAGCUGCAGACAGACAUGACAGACCUCACCAAGGAGCUGAACCGCAGCCAGGGCAUUCCUUUCUUGGAAUAUAAGCACUUUGUGACCCGCACCUUCUUCCCCAAGUGCUCCUCCCUCUAUGAAGAGCGGUACGUGCUGCCCUCCCAGACCCUCAACUCCCAGGGCAGCUCCCCACCCCAGGAGACCCACCCACUGCUGGGAGAAUGGAAUAUCCCGGAGCACUGCCGGCCCAGCAUGGAGGAGGGGGUCAGCCUGUUCUCCUCUCUGUUGAACAACAAGCACUUCCUCAUCGUCUUUGUCCACGCACUGGAGCAGCAGAAGGACUUCGCCGUCCGCGACAGGUGCAGCCUGGCCUCCCUGCUGACCAUCGCACUGCACGGCAAGCUGGAGUACUACACCAGCAUCAUGAAGGAGCUGCUUGUGGACCUCAUCGACGCCUCGGCCGCCAAGAACCCCAAGCUCAUGCUGCGGCGCACUGAGUCUGUGGUAGAGAAGAUGCUUACCAACUGGAUGUCCAUCUGCAUGUACAGCUGCCUGCGGGAGACGGUGGGGGAGCCCUUCUUCCUGCUGCUCUGUGCCAUCAAGCAGCAGAUCAACAAGGGCUCCAUCGACGCCAUCACGGGCAAGGCCCGCUACACACUCAAUGAGGAGUGGCUGCUGAGGGAGAACAUCGAGGCCAAGCCCCGGAACCUGAACGUAUCCUUCCAGGGCUGUGGCAUGGACUCCCUGAGCGUGCGCGCCAUGGACACCGACACACUCACACAGGUGAAGGAGAAGAUCCUGGAGGCCUUCUGCAAGAAUGUGCCCUACUCGCAGUGGCCACGGGCGGAGGACGUGGAUCUCGAAUGGUUUGCCUCGAGCACCCAGAGCUAUGUCCUGCGGGACCUGGACGACACUUCAGUGGUGGAAGAUGGCCGUAAGAAGCUGAACACACUGGCCCACUACAAGAUUCCUGAAGGUGCUUCCCUGGCCAUGAGCCUUACAGACAAGAAGGACAACACUAUAGGCAGAGUGAAAGACUUGGACACUGAGAAGUAUUUCCAUUUGGUGCUGCCCACCGAUGAGCUGGCAGAGCCCAAGAAGUCUCACCGGCAGAGCCACCGCAAGAAGGUGCUGCCAGAGAUCUACCUGACCCGGCUGCUGUCAACCAAGGGCACACUACAGAAGUUUCUGGAUGACCUAUUCAAAGCCAUCCUGAGCAUCCGGGAGGACAAGCCCCCACUGGCCGUUAAGUACUUCUUCGAUUUCCUGGAGGAGCAGGCAGAGAAGAGAGGCAUCUCGGACCCUGACACCCUGCACAUUUGGAAGACCAACAGCCUCCCCCUCCGCUUCUGGGUGAACAUCCUGAAAAACCCCCAGUUUGUCUUCGACAUUGAGAAGACGGACCACAUUGACGCCUGCCUCUCUGUCAUCGCACAGGCCUUCAUUGAUGCCUGUUCCAUCUCAGACCUGCAGCUGGGCAAGGACUCACCCACCAACAAGCUGCUGUACGCCAAGGAGAUCCCCGAGUACCGGAAGGUUGUGCAGCGCUACUACAAGCAGAUCCAGGACAUGACACCGCUCAGUGAGCAGGAAAUGAAUGCUCACCUGGCCGAGGAGUCACGGAAAUACCAGAAUGAGUUCAACACAAACGUGGCCAUGGCAGAGAUUUAUAAAUAUGCCAAGCGGUAUCGCCCACAGAUCAUGGCUGCCCUGGAGGCCAACCCCACAGCCCGCAGGACCCAGCUACAGCACAAGUUCGAGCAGGUGGUGGCUCUCAUGGAGAACAACAUCUACGAGUGUUACAGCGAGGCCUGAGCUCAGCCGGGGGGCCGUGGGAGCUGCUGCUGCGAAACAGGCCACCUGGGCCUCCUGCGUGUUUUUUUCCCCCUGCACCUCUCACUCAGACUGAACUGGCCAGAGGAGACAGCUCUGGCUAGGAGGGAGGGCACUGGCCUCUUGGAGCCAGGCGGCAGAGCUUCCAGCCCUGUCCUCUGAAGCGGCUAUCCCUUCCACCUGCCCCAGACUGACUCUCAGACAGGGCCCAUGGAUGCCGCAGCCAGUCCCUGGUCAGGCUGCCCCUGCCCAGCCAGCAAGACCUGGACUGUGAUCACCCACUUGCUCUGUACCAGGCCGUCCAGCUCUCUUGGGGAGAGGAGGCUGCAGCCCAGAAACACUACCUCAUCCAACUGGCAGAAGGGAGCCUGUGACCAGUUUCUUCUACCCGCUGUUGUCCCUGUCCCUCACCCACAGGGGUCCCUAGCCACUGACAAUUCCAAACAGGAUUAGAUUUCUGUGACUCCAACGGCUAUUGGCAGCGUGGGCAGUGCCCACUGCACACAGGGAAGGGGAAAAGAAGGGGCCAGGCUGGGGAUUCCUGGUCCCCAGGAAAGGGGGAGAGGCUAGGAUGCAAGGCUGUAGCUGAGCUACUCAAUCUUUCUGGAAGUGUUUCUAAAGAUAGCACCAUUUUUUUAAAUUUGUUUUUGUUUGGUUUUGUUUUGUUUUAAAAAAAAGCUUUUAUAUAUUACAAAAAAAAACUUAUCACACGCCAACUGUGAAUAGCUGCCGCUUGUGCAGAGGACCCAGGAGGGUCCCCAGGCUCCCGGCGAACACUGGAAAUGACUGUUCCAGGGAAAGGUAGAAAACACCCCCAUUUUCCCCAUCCCAGGCCACCCUCGGUGGCUGAAGGACCUGGCAGCCCCCUCGCUGCAGGCCUCAGCAGUGCUGGACUGGCUUAGUAGAGCCUGAGGGGGCUGGGCUGCAAGGGAGGGCUGGGACUCUCUGGAACCUUCUUUAUAAUAAAAGCCUGCCGGGAAAACCUA